AUGUCGCCCGGCCAAAAUAUUAACGAUAAUUCUUCGGACCCAACAACAAAUUCUAUUAUGAAUUCCUACAAAGUAAAUGUGGGAGAACAGACUUUUCGUUUAUACCGUUCUUCAAUAACUUUUGACGCACCAAAUUUUUUUACACCUUUUCUCGGUGAAGAAGCGAAUUCUGGAGAUGCAGAAGCAAAUGAAAUAUUCAUAACUGUUAGUGGUUCAGACGGUACCGGAAAAGACAACGAUCCGCCUGUUAUCGUCGAGACUACUAAAUCAAAGUCUAGUGGCCAUACACAAAAUUAUUUUACUUCAGAUUCUGAAGUUACAAUUGACAGAGAUCCCAAGUUAUUUGAAGUUAUUUUGAGAUAUCUUCGAGGAUAUAAUAUAUUUCCACUUUCUUCAAUUAACUUACCACCAGGAAUGUCCCUUGACUUAUUUCGAGAAAGUUUAUUAGAAGACGCACGGUUUUAUGGUCUUGACCGUCUCGCACAACUUCUUCAAGCCGAGACACCUACACCGUUACGUUAUAAGGAUCCGUUUACAUCAGCAGAUAAGAUCCUUUUAUCCCUUCGCGAUGUGCCGAUUCACAAAGAUUUCAUCAAAUCCAAGCUCGAUGGAUCAUCCACUAUUGAAUUCUUUACCGGAGCGGUGCUUACUAUUGAUCUUGAGCCAUCAGAUGCCUCUAUACGGUUUAAUACAAAAUUUUUAAACGAACAAGAUCAAAAAGCUUUAGAAACAUUGGGUGAGAUUUGUGGAGAAAAUACACAAAUAGAGUUUUCAAGACAACUUUACGCUAAUAUGAAAGAUGCUUUGAAUGGUAUACGAUUAGAAAUUGAUGGAGUGCAGGUUACUGGUAUGGACAUUGCAUCCGUAGGAACUAAUCAAAGAGUUAAGGCGUUAGAAGAUAUGUUUAGGAUUUCUGGUGGUCAACGUUUAAUCAUAUAUGCACAAGAAUUUGUUUUUAGGCUAGAUCGAAUUCAACCUUCUACCAUUGAUGGCAACCAAAUAGGAACUGACAACGUUUGUAAUAGUCAGAAUUGUACACAAGAUAAUAACGAAAAAGAUAAUAUCAAUGGCAUUAUCCAAUCAGAUGCCAAUGGAGUGAAAGUAUCAGUCAGGGAUGGGGAAGAAGAUAUUGAACAUAAUAACGAAAAAACUAAUAAAACUGUCAAUGCUAAAGAAAUUGAUAAUCCGAGUCAUAGCGAAAAGAGCAACGUUAGUAAAAUAACGAACGAAAACAGCAGCAACAAUAAUGUAAACGAAGGUGAUAUGAUGUACCUUGGCGUUGUAUGGGCUAAAGGAUGGACACAAGAAUGGUGGGCAUGGAAUGAAUACAGAAUGAAGUUAGAUGCACUUCAAUGA